UGAUCAAUUUAUCCGCCCUCUCCCCCAUCUUCUCCAUUCCAUGGAAGCAAGGACGUUUCUUUGCGGCUCCGUUCCCUCUCACCUGAAACGCCCUCUCCGCCGUUUCGACCCUGUCUUCCCGCGUUUCGUGAGAGCGUCGUCCUCCUCGUCGACUUCACAGGAAGGGGAGCGGGGCCAGUACAGAGGGCCGAAGCCGAGGAAGGACUGGGCGGCGGACUGGGUACCGAACAACGAAGGAACCGUCAGGAGCCUGCCUAUAUACGUCGGCGGCGCUUCCCUGCUUGCUGUCCUCUUCAACCGUGCAGUUUCCGGUAUUGCUCCCGUCGCCGAUGCCAGCAGUUCACAAUCAAGAGCUGAUCUAUUGACGCUUGGAUUGGCGGUUACCAACAUAUUGACCGGCCUUGUUUGGUUGUCUAUCCGGCCGAAGUCGAUAUCGGUGGUGAAACCGGAAGGCGUUGAAUGCAGGAGGAUACAGUCCGGGCUUCCCGAAUUGGUAGUUUCCGAACUAUUGUGGGUAUGGGAAUCUCUGUCGACUGUGACGUGCUGCAGGUCUUUGGUUAUCAUCUACGACUCCAUUUGCAUAAUGCAGAUUGGUGUGGCAGCUAAAUCUUCUGCAGAGGAUGGCGGAGCAGUAGCUGUGAAUCCAGUCAAGCUGAUGCAAGGAACACUCUAUCAGGGCAUUAAGAAAUCCAAAGCUCAGAACUACUUGGCAAACCUAUCGCUUUAUCCCGGGAGGUCUGAGCUACCCUUUUUACCUGCAAACACGCAGGCAGUAAUACUGCAACCUCUUGGAGACAAUGGAAUUGCGGUAAUUGGAGGUGAUACAAUAAGGGGGUUCACUACAUCAGAUCAGACAUGGAUAGCAUAUAUCGGGGAGAAGCUCGAUGUCACACUUGCAAAACAUGCGGGGGAGAUCUCGGUAUUAACACAAGAGAGUGUGCAGCGAUCAAAUUCAUAAUUGUGUCCGAGCUUGUGUGUCUCAGGCGAACUAUGCUUGUAGUGAUAGGUGAAAGUCUUCGCUUCCAUUAUACUUUUUACGUAUCUCCAACUUGAUGUUCCAUGUUUGGCUUAUCCAGGGCCCCUUCGCCCGCAGACACUACGACAGUGACAGGCAAUUAUCUCGCAUGAACCUUUUGUGUUGUCUCGGAGUAAACCGAACACCAUGUUACACAGCUCACAUUUUGUCAGAUGGAGCUGUUGCACAUUAUCUAUUUCGAAAUUUGUCCUUCAAAGACGGA